UUGCUAGACUUCUGGGUCAAGGAGUGGGGACCUUCACCAACAUCUGUUCAUCACUUUUCCCCUAUAUAACCUCAGUGUUUUCUGCUUCUUGCCAUAACUAUAAAACAUAGGUUCAUUACCUCCUUAGUCCAUGGAUAAAUCACCUCCAACAAAGCUUCAGCUGCCCGGCUUUCGGUUUCAUCCUACUGAGGAAGAGCUCAUUGAAUUCUACCUCAAAAACACCAUCCAGGGGAAGACAUUGCAUUACGAUGUCAUUGGUGUCGUUAAUAUCUAUGGUUAUGAUCCUUGGUAUCUGCCAGAGUUGGCGAAGAUUGGGGAGAGAGAGUGGUACUUCUUUGUGCCAAGGGACACAAAGCAUGGCAGUGGAGGGAGGCCUAACAGAACUACUAAACGUGGGUUUUGGAAGGCCACAGGCUCUGACCGCAAAAUUGUUACCUUAUCCGAUCCCAAGAGAGUCAUUGGACUGAAGAAGACUCUGGUUUUCUACAAAGGAAGAGCACCAAGGGGCUCCAAGACUGACUGGAUCAUGAAUGAGUAUCGUUUACCCGCUUCAUGCCCUUCCCACAAGGACAUAGUGUUAUGUAAGAUAUAUAGAAAGGCGACAUCUUUGAAAGUGUUGGAGCAAAGGGCAGCAAUGGAAGAGCGAAUGAAGACAGACCAUAGCGUUACAUGUUCUGAUCCUCCAUCUCUGCAACCAAUGUCACCAUUGAUUUCAGGGGACACCACCACCACAUUUUCUAGCAAAAACCAAGAAUUGGCAGUGCUAGGAGUGACACAACCAGUUAUGAAGAAAGAAGACGAGGAAGAAGAGACCAUGCUCUCGUUUCUAUAUGACGAAGCCACAGAAAUUAAUAAAAUCCUGGAGUCUACAAUUAUUAACUGGUAUGGAGAAUUUGAAUCUCCGGUUGUCCAGAGUCAGUACCUAGGACCCCUUUUUCACACCCUUACUUAGCCCUUGGCUUGACAACUGGUUUAGCUCUUAUGCAGAUGUAUAUAAUGUUUAAUGCUUCGUAAGAGGCUUACAGAGAUAUGAUCAUCACCCUGAUGUUCUUGUUGCUAGAUGAAA